AUGAAUCUAUCAACAACAAUUUCUGAUGAUGUGACACCAACUACAGCACGCGAGGAAGCAGUUAUCGUUGACCCUGAUGUCGCAUCUACCUCCACGCAACUGAUGCCUAAAAAGGGCAUUUUAAAACGAUCCUCAUCACAGAAUAAUUUUCCUCGUAAGGAUACUACUGUACAGCAAAAUGUAAACGGACAUUUUUUCGAACUUAAACAAUCUUCCGCACGUGCUACUGAUCGACCAACUACGAAAAUUCCAAAAUUAACUCUCACCUGGUCUGAGAAGAACGCAGUAACUAUUUAUGGUGAUACAACAUCUGAUGAAGCAACAACUGAAACAGAUGAUAUUCAAGUGCCCAUAAUUGCACCAAUUUCAACUGUUCAGCAUUUAUCAUCGCCAACACGACGAAAUAUUAGAUUAAAUGAAUAUUUAACAAAAAUUGCAACAAAGAUUCCUUUUAAUAUGAAUACAAAAGAAGCGAAUGUAAGCUCAGAGCGACAAACAGCAAUAUUGUAUGAUGAUGAUGAGAAUGAGGAUGAAGAUAUGACGAUAACAAAUGAUAACGAUGAAGUUGCACAUGAUAAUAAUGAUAAUGAUGAACAUAGCAAAAUUAAUGGUGAUAAUCAACAACAUGAUAAUGUUACAGUUAUUGGCAAUUCACAUAUUGCUGGUAAAUGGUGGUUUGGCAAAAGUAUCAAGAACAUUCCACAUUGUGCUAAGUGGGGUUGUACUCAUAAUCAUCGUGAUAAGGAAUUUACUGAUAAUGAUGGGAAAUAUUUAACACCAACACAACAAAGACUCAAAGAAAUUCAUCACUUGAGGAAACAAUUAAAAUUAACAUUAGCUCAAUUGGAAGAUAAAGAUUUGCAUUUAAAUGAGUUACGUGAUCAGCUACGUGAUUUGGAAUCAGUUGUAAAUUCUAUGAAUAAUAUAGACCGACAACAUCAACUUUUACUUCAACAUAAAGAAUCCAAUGAAGAUUAUGAACGUGAAAAGCAAAAACUUAUUGAUAAACAUGAGAUUCGUGUGCGACAAUUAAUUCAGGAAGCAGUUGAUGCACGAGCUGAAAUGAUGAAAUUGCAAAUGGCAUUGAAGCAACAGGAAGAAGUAAAAGCUAAAAUUGAAGCUAAAGAUGCAGAAGUUAUGACAGAAACAACUGAUGACAUAUUGCAUUGUUCAAAGCUAUCACAAAUUUUAUCCUCAUUUCCAUCUUCACCCCAGGUGGAACGUACUGUUGAACACCGAGCUAUACAAGUUUCACAAGAUUUACCGCUUCAGUUACAGGCUUAUGAAAAUGAAGCGAUGGCAUGGCGAAUGAAAGCUGCACAACUGGAAAUGGUACUUAAAGAUCAAAUAUUUAAAACAAAACAAGGUAUAACACCUGAAUUGGAGAAAUGUCGAAAUGAAAAUGAACAUCUGCGCAUGUACAUUAAGAAUAUGGAAGCAAAUAUAACAAAUAAUACAAUGAUUGAUUCAGAUUUUGAAUUAAAUUUAAAUCCCAUUUUAACAACAAACAUUACCGAUUGUUAUUCACAAUAUUGCGAAGAACGUAGAAAACAAUUAAUGGAUGAAAAUCAACGACUAAAUAAAAAAGUUGAAGAAGACAAAUUACGACUAAAUGAAUGUGACGAAGAUAUUAGUAUGUUACAUAGUACCAUUCAUUCAAUGGAGGAAGAAAAUAGAAAAAAUUUUCUUAUAAUUGAGCAAAUGUCAAAAGAAAUCGAGGAAAAAAGCGCUGAAAUUGAAGCUGCUAAUAUUACAGCUAUACGUUUACAGAGUGAAAUAGCAAUGAAGACAAAAGCUAUUUGUUAUUUGGAAGAGCGUCAUCAAAUUUAUCGUAAUACAAUUUUGGAUAAUCAUUUAGUGAUAAAAGAUGAAUCAACUGAUAAUUGGAAACGUGGUUUUUCUGAUCCGCGUUUUAUUGUUAAUGUUUCAAAACGUGUGCAAACUGAUCUUACGCAAGAAACAUUACGUACAAAUGAAGUUAACUUUGUCAGCCUUACGGAUAAAUUGGAGGUAUUGAAGAAAGAAUUUUCAUCGAAAGAAAGUGAUAUGUUGGAGCGUUUUCAAGAAAUUGAAAAAGCAUUACUUAUCAAAAGUUCAUUGGUUAAUUCGUUAGCAAAUCAAUUAGAGGAAGCAGAUCGCGAAGCAACCCGUUCAACUGAUUUACAUCAAAAAGAACGUGAAAUAUUUCAGGAGAAAUUACAUGAGUUAGGACAAAUUGCUAAAAAUGUACCAAUAUUACAGUUUGAAAUUGACAAACUUCAACAGGAGCGUAGUUUAUUAGAAUAUCAACUUCGAAAUGCAAAAGAGGAAUAUGAAGCUGGCUUAGAUGUGGCACUAGCCGAAUCGUUGAAGAAAUAUCACAAACAGAGUAAUUAUUGGGCUGAAAAAGUAUCAGCUAUAAAUGCAAGCAAUGAAUUACUUCGAAAUGAGAAUAUUGCAUUGAAACGUUCAAUUGACGAGCUUAAAUUACGUGCACAAAUACAACGGGCUGAUUUAUCAAAAAGGCUUACAUCAAGUAUCAGUCACGUAACACACCUUAAAAAACAGUUAAAUCGUAGUACACGUGAUGUUCAAGUGGAUGUACAUCCACGUGUUGUUAGCAAAUAUGUCGCAUGUCGGCCAAAUGCACGACAUAAAAUGACUGAUAUUGAAAAAGGUGAUCUAUUUGAUGAGGUAGAAGAAAGACUUAAAAUCUGUCAAAAUGAAUUAAUUAUCACUCGUCAACAGGUUGCAAUGUUACAACAAAAACUAUACGAUAGUAUACAAAUUCAGGUAAAUGAUUAUUCAAUGGAUAAUAGCAAUAGUUCAGUAAAUGUUUCAUCAACAGAUACGACAAAAUUAUGCGCUUCAGUGAAAACAAAUGGCAGUGAAGAGUGCAAUUUGAUGCUUAAAAAUUUGCGCGGACAAAUUGAAAAAAUUAAAAAACAGAAUUAUCAUUUAGCAAUGCAACUGGUUGGAAUUGAAACAGAAAAAGAAAAUUUAUUAGAUAGUCAACAACAACAGAAACAACAUCAGCAAAUGUCGCAUCAUAUUUUAGAAAAUGAUAUUCACAAUGAAUUAGAUCUGGAAUUGGGACACUAUGAGAAUGAACGACAACGAUUAGAAGAACAUAUUGCAAUUUUAGAAAAAGUUGAAGUGGAACGUAGUAAAUUAUUGAGACUUUUAAAAAAUAAAAAAGUUUUGGAAGAAAAAUGCAACAGUGAUACAUUUGUACAGGCUAUAUUACAAAAUAGCUUUUCACCAGCUCAUACUCAAUAUAAUUCUACAACAUUUAUUGAUGAUUAUAGAAAAAUUACAACCAAUGAAAAAAUUCAUAUCAAAAGAUGGAUGUCAGUACCACAUUUAGUCAGGUUGUCAGCUAUAGGAGCGUCUACAACUUCUAGCGAGAUAGCAACGUUACGUGAAAGAAAUUGCAUUCUCACGCGAAACAACACUCGCCUCAAUGAAGAACUAAUUAACUUAAAAUAUAUUACUGAAUCAUCAAGCAAUAACAAAAACAAUUCAUCUAAUAAAUCAUCAUUACCAGCUGUCAAUGAAAAUUUACCUACUUUUGAUUUAGCUACUGAUCUGAUGCAAGUACAAGAAGAUCUUGAAAAUGUCAUCAUACAAAUUGAUAAAUUAGGAAUUCUGAAUGAAAUCAAAAAUAACAAUUGUUUGAAUAAAUCUACUUCGCUAAGCUUAACAAAACGAAAUUCUUUAACGUCAGAUUUUACGGACGAUGUUAAUGAAUUGAAAAGUGCAUUGAACCGAUUACAUGAUGAAUACGAUACUAUCGUCGAGCAAUUAAAUCGCGUAACACUUAAUUUUCAAGAAGCAUGUCGUGAGCUUAAUUUAUAUAAGCACGAGCUAUCUCAUAAUGCAUUCAUAUAUUCAAAUGAUAAGCGCUUACCGAGAAGUCGAAGUUUUGUUGAAAUUGGACGUGCAACAGUUGAUUUAAAUGAAUAUAUUAGAUGGAAGGAAAAAGCUGGUACAAUGUUUCGUGAAUUAAAUCGAAUACGUAAAGAAUAUGGUGCAUGUGACGGUGAACGCCGUGAGUUACGCAUGCAAUUAGUAAUGUUACGUGGUGAACUUGGUUUAACACAAUGUCAACUUGCUGAAAUGUUGUCUAUGCAACGACGUAAACAACAUGAAUCAAUAUCAAAUGCAUCAAUUAUUAGCAUAAAUGAUUUAUCAUCAUCAAUGCUAAAUAAAAGAAAAAAAAUAAAAUCUAGAUUGCUUCACGGCAAGUCAUCUGAUAAAUUUUGGGAUGCAAUGGAUUCAUCAUCUGCAAUUUUCUUUACAGCUUGCACCUCGGUAUCAUCAUCUAUUAAUGAUAUAAUGUGUUCAACAAGUGAACCAGAAUUAGCUGCCACUAAGUUUGAGGGUGUUCGCGAAUAUCGUUUUUCCAAUCAUAACCACUGUAAUUGCUACCUUUUACCAACUUAUUCUCAAGAAUCACGUAAAUUAGCUUAUCUUGAAAAUUGUCAACUCAAUUCAGAGAAGCGUGAAGAAAUUAUCAAAUUAUCAAAGCUACAAACAAAAUCAUUGAGUAAAAUUGAGGUUCAGGAAAAAGAUAUUUCUGAAAAGUUAUUAUCGUUUGAGGUGCAAAAUGUAAAGAAUAGAGAAAAAUUAAAAAAUCAGCAAAAACAAGUUGCAGAAAUAAAGAAACAACAAAUAAAGUUGACCAAAGAAGAACUCAAUAAACAACCAUAA